GCCAAGAUGGCUGCGCCCGUGACAGACGCCGGGGAGUUUGAAAGCUGGCUAAAUGAUCGGCUAGACUCGCUGGAAGUGGACCUCGAGGUGUACGGGGCGUACAUUUUAGGGGUCCUGCAAGAAGAGGAGAGUGACGAGGAGAAAGAAGAUGCGCUUCAAGGAAUUCUAUCCGCUUUUCUGGAUGAGGAGAGCGUGGAAGAUGUCUGCAAACAAAUCAUCAAGCAGUGGACCGAUUGGCGCAACAGAUCGGCAGCCAAAAGUGAUGCUGGAGAUGCUGAGGUCCAGGCUAUCGCCAACAUGAUAGAAAAACAAGCUCAGAUUGUAGUGAAACACAAAGAGGUGUCCGAGGAGUCCAAGAAAAGGAAAGAAGGGAAAGAAGCCCUCCUUGCCCAGUACGCCAACAUCACAGACGACGAGCAUGAAGCCGAAGAAGAGGAGACUACGAGUGGAAAUAACUUCCCAGCGGGUGAAAAGUCCCUGUUUAAGAACACAAACGUGGAAGAGGUGCUGAGCAGACAAAAGCAAAAGCGGGACCAGGCUCGCGAUGACGCUCAAAAGAAGAAGGAAGGGGACAAGAUGCAGCGGGAGAAGGACAAACUCACCAAGCAAGACCGCAAAGAGAAGGAGAAGAAGCGCACGCAGAAAGGUGAACGCAAAAGAUAAAAACCCAAGGGAAAGGACACUUUUUGUUACUAUCAAAGAUGAAAUUGCCUCUUUUUAGCAAAACCUCAUUGGCACAUUCAGUACGCGAACAUGUCUUCAUCAGACCCUCCAUGUUGGUCACUCUCUCUAUACGUGUAAAUAACAAUGGACUGCAUACAACGUCCAACAUUUGUAUUUUCUUGGGACACCGAUACGAGAGGAACAGAACAAAUGUUGUCUUGGAAUAAAGCUGCCUGUGUUUUAGAGGCUGACGAGUGUUGCUUUGACACGGUGGCCCAUGAAAUGAUCCAAGUAUGCUGUUGAAAUUGGAUUGCUCUUGGGAGCAGAGGAAUGCAACAGUUUCUGCUAGUCUCCUCUGUGCUGCCUUGUCAUUUCUGCACAAAUUAACUUUGGGUUUUAGAUUUGACUGUCUAUGCAGAAUAAAAACAAAAGGAGAGGUAGCUAAAUUAUACCUCAAACGUCUACAUGUACCACGUUUAUAAAGAGGGUCAUCAUCUUUUGGAAUGAACAAUAAAAAACGUUUUUCAGCAAA